AUGGGGCUCCUCGCCGGAUUGGUCAUUCUUCUUGACCUUCUCCAUUUCUGGAUAAAGUUGAUUUUCCCGACAGCUUCCUACAUGCCGCUAGAUCUUAUCAUCUGCUUUCACAAAGACAUGGGCGCUACUCUGUACAAAAUCUGCUCCGAAGCUAGUUCUAUUAUUGUUAUUAGCGAAUCUAACGCCUGGUCCAGCGUUCUGGUACCGGUACUUCAGCCUCCAGGACAAGCAGUGCACGAACCACCUUUCUAG